AUGUGUCAGUACAAAGCAUGCUAUUUUAGACCUAGACCUUCUUCACUGUCAAAGUCAAACUCCACGGUUGUGCUUGAGUUCCUCUUUGAAGGUUUCUCCAGCUUUGGGAGACAGCACAGGCUUAUCUUCUUCAUUGUCUUUCUAACAUUGUACCUGCUGACUCUCGCUGGCAAUGUCAUCAUUGUGACCAUCAUUCGCCUAGACCGGCACCUCCAUAUCCCCAUGUACUUUUUCCUAAGCAUCCUGUCCCUCUCUGAGACCUGCUACACUGUGGCCAUCAUCCCCCGUAUGCUUGCUGGCCUCCUGAAUCCCUACCAGCCUAUUGCUAUCCGCAGCUGUGCUGCUCAGCUCUUCUUCUAUCUCACUUUUGGUAUCAACAACUGCUUCCUACUCACGGUCAUGGGAUAUGAUCGCUAUGUGGCCAUCUGUAAACCCCUGAGGUACUCAGUCAUCAUGGAUAAAGACACCUGUGUCCAGUUGGCAUGUGGGUCACUGGGAAUUGGCCUGGGCAUGGCCAUCGUCCAGGUAACAUCUGUAUUUGAUUUUCCAAUGAGGAGAGAGAAUGUCACCGUGGUGAGUGAGUUUGUUUUCCAGGGUUUCUCAAGCUUCCGUGAGCACCAGCUCACCCUCUUUGUCAUGUUCCUUACACUGUACAUUUUAACCCUGGCUGGCAACAUCAUCAUAGUGACUAUCAUCAGCAUUGACCAUCACCUCCACACCCCCAUGUACUUUUUCCUCAGCAUGCUGUCUGCUUCAGAGACCUUGUAUACACUCGUCAUCAUACCACGCAUGCUCUCCAGCCUUGCCGGCAUGGAUCAGCCCAUCUCCUUGGCUGGCUGUGCCACCCAGAUGUUCUUCUUCAUUAUGCUGGCCAUCAACAACUGCUUCCUGCUCACAGUGAUGGGGUAUGACCGCUACAUGGCCAUCUGCAACCCCCUGAGGUACACGCUCAUCAUGAACAAGAGCAUGUGCACCCAGCUGGUGGGGGCUGCCUGCAGCAUUGGGCUGCUGGUGGCCGUAAUUCAGAUUUCCAGUAUAUUCAGACUGCCCUUCUGUGACAGAGAGGUGGCUCAUUAUUUUUGUGACCUCCGACCUGUGAUGAAACUGUCCUGUGCUGAUACCACUGUGCAUGACAUAAUUAGUUUUAUCAUCAGCUCACUGGUUAUUGUGGUGCCCAUGGGCCUGGUUUUCAUCUCCUAUGUCCUCAUCAUCUGCACCAUCCUCAAGAUCGCCUCGGCUGAGGGCCGGAAGAAGGCCUUUGCCACCUGCGCCUCCCACCUCACUGUAGUCAUCAUCCACUACGGCUGUGCCUCCAUCGCCUACCUCAAGCCCAAGUCAGAGAACGCCAGGGAUCAGGACCAGCUCAUCUCAGUGACCUAUACGGUCAUCACACCCCUGCUAAAUCCGGUGGUGUACACCCUAAGGAACAAGGAGGUCAAGGAUGCCCUCUAUCGUGCUAUUGGCAAGAAAUCUCUCGUCUAG